CCGGGGCGGAGCUGGCGUCGCCCUGCGGGCAGGAGGUCGGCCGCAGCGGAGCAGGGCAGGCAGGCAGGCAGGCGAGGGGAGCUGCCGAGCAGGAGGACCCACAGGAGGGCGACCCAGCGCGCUGGCAUGUGACCGCAGCCCAAGGAAGAUUCGAGCUCUCCCGUCGUGGCGGACCCCAGCAUCCUCAGAUCCCUGCCCCUGGACACCUGGCCCUACCAAGCCUAGCCAUGGCUCUCUGCCUGAAGCAGGUGUUUGCCAAGGACAAGACGUUCCGGCCGCGAAAGCGCUUUGAGCCAGGCACACAGCGCUUCGAGCUUUAUAAGAAGGCACAGGCAUCACUCAAGUCGGGCCUGGACCUGCGCAGUGUGGUGAGGCUGCCACCUGGCGAGAACAUCGAUGACUGGAUCGCUGUGCACGUGGUGGACUUCUUCAACCGCAUCAACCUCAUCUAUGGCACCAUGGCUGAGCGCUGCAGUGAGUCCAGCUGCCCGGUCAUGGCCGGCGGGCCCCGAUAUGAAUACCGCUGGCAGGACGAGCGCCAGUACCGGCGGCCGGCCAAGCUCUCCGCGCCACGCUACAUGGCAUUACUCAUGGACUGGAUCGAGGGCCUCAUCAAUGAUGAGGAUGUCUUUCCCACGCGUGUUGGAGUUCCCUUCCCCAAGAACUUCCAGCAGGUCUGUACCAAGAUCCUGACCCGCCUCUUCCGAGUCUUUGUCCAUGUUUAUAUCCACCACUUCGACAGCAUCCUCAGCAUGGGGGCGGAAGCACACGUCAACACCUGCUACAAGCACUUCUACUACUUCAUUCGAGAGUUCAGCCUGGUAGACCAGCGGGAGCUGGAGCCACUGAGGGAAAUGACAGAGCGGAUUUGUCACUGAGCCUAGUCCUGGACAUUGUUGCUCAUCAGAUGGACCAUCUGCAUACAGCGUGGCUGGGGGAGGGCAUCCUUGGGAGUCUGAUGUUAGAGGAAUCUGAAGGCCCUAGGAGCCCUCCACAUACCCAAUACGUGUGAACUUCUGGUUCUCAGAAGUCUGCCCUCAUGUC